AUGACCCUGGGUCUGGUGGCGUCAGUGUUGGUGUGUGUGUGGGUGAAGGCUGUGGCCAUGGCCUCCGUGCCGGUGUUGGGGAGGGCCUCACCAGAGCCUGAGCCCCCCGCUUUCCCUCCCGGCUGCUCCCUCCAGUGGAGCCACAGUGCCUAUUGCCAACUCUUUGUGGUGGUCUUUGCUGUGCUUUAUUUCCUGCUGCCCCUGCUCCUCAUUCUUGUGGUCUACUGCAGUAUGUUCCGUGUGGCCCGGGUGGCUGCCAUGCAGCAUGGGCCCUUGCCGACAUGGAUGGAGACUCCUCGCCGGCGAUCUGAGUCACUCAGCAGCCGUUCUACCAUGGUGACCAGCUCAGGGCCCCCACGGACCACCCCCCAUAGGACCUUUGGGGGGGGGAAGGCAGCUGUGGUCCUGCUGGCUGUGGGAGGCCAGUUCUUACUUUGCUGGCUCCCCUAUUUCUCCUUCCAUCUUUAUGUUGCUCUCAGUGCCCAGCCCCUUCCUACUCAGCAGGUAGAGAGUGUGGUGACCUGGAUUGGCUACUUCUGUUUCACUUCCAAUCCUUUCUUCUAUGGCUGCCUCAACCGACAGAUCAGGGGGGAGCUCAGCAAGCAGUUUGUUUGCUUCUUCAAGCCGUCCCCAGAGGAGGAGCUGAGGCUCCCUAGCCGGGAGGGCUCCAUAGAGGAGAACUUCCUGCAGUUCCUUCAGGGGACUGGUUGUGCUACUGAGCCCUGGGCUCCUCAGACCCCAGUCAGCCCAAAGCAGGAACCACCAGCUGUGGACUUCCGAAUCCCAGGCCAGAUUGCCGAAGAGACUUCUGAGUUCUUGGAGCAGCAGCUUCCUAGUGACAUCACUGUGUCAGAUGGCUACCUCCAUCCGACCCUCUCACCCCAGCCUGAACCAUGAUGCAGCCCAGAGUACCUGAAGGGAGAUGGGCUGGGGUAGGGGAUGAGAGCAAGGACUGCUUUGCUGGAUAUUCUUCUUUUAGCCAGCUGUGGCCAGUAAUGGGUCCUGUAUGUGGUCGGUACCUACAGCUUUGUGAAGCAGAGAGAAAGCAGAGCUGAGAGAGGAGCCUUGGGCUUCAGUGUGAAUAAACUAGGGGUCUCUAAAGGAAGGUGCUUAGCUGUGGUUGUAGUGUGUGAAAAGAGCAAAGAGACAUAAAGGGAAACCCCCUCUAUUAGUGAAUUUCCCUUAUUGCCUUAGGACUGGGGAAACUCCAGAUCUCUUCCAGUGUGACUCGGGGCCCGGCUGAGGAGUUUCAUUUUUAGUGGCAUUUUCUAGAGCAAGAACCUGCACCAAGAGGGAAAGAAUGGCCCCUGAUCUCCUUUCAUUUCCAUAUUAAGUCAAAAACAAUUGUAGCUGUGUGUUCUUAUUUCAGUUUUUAACUUCUUUUAGUUUGAUAUCUAAGACUUCCUCAGAGGACUAGUAAAAGCUAUGCCCUACAAGACUCUAUCUAGCCAGAAUCAAGUAUAAGGUUGGGAGGAGGCAGCAAAGGGUAGAACGCAGGGGAAUGGAGACCCUAGAAACUAUUCUUAGGUUAUAAAGCAGGUAAUGGAGAAGGCAGGAAAAAUUUAAACCUCUUGAAUAAGAGAAAAGAGGCUCCCAAACAGGAUAGCUACUCUUUCACUGGUCCUAAUUCCUCCUUAUUGCUUGGCUCCCUUCUCUUCUAUCCCACCAAAACAACCCUUUUGUUGUCCCUGUCUUUCUGAGGGCAAAGAGUGUGGGUGUUUAACUAACUAAAAGAACACAGCAUGGCCUCAACCCUUAACUUUUAGGUGGGGAGACUGGGGAUCUGGUGAGUUAGAAGGCAGGGGUACUGGGAGGCUGGGAAUGAGAUACUGGUGAGAAUGGGGACAGAUAGAUGAAAAAUAAUUGUAGGGAUAGUAGCCAGGUGGUCAUCCUGACCAGUAACACUGAUGAUCUUUU